AACUGUGUUCGUAGACUUUUUGGAAACGAAACUAUCAACCCUCAAAAAUUCGAUAAGACACGGAGGAGAGAGAGAGAGAGAGAGAGAGAGAGAGAGCAGAAGGGAUGACAACAAUGGCUUCUCAUUCUGUGAUGAACAAGCCCUUGACCCCUCUCAGCAACCCUAAUUCAAAACCUCCAUUCCUGAGUAAUUACACUAGCACUAGUUUUAGGUUCACUUCUCAAAGCCUAAAGAAAUCUGUAAAGGUCUCUUCUUUUCGUCCAAUAGUAUGCAAAGCUGUUUCUUUAGAUAACCAAACUGAGAUUCAAGCCCUGAACAUUGCCGAAGACGUCAGUCAGCUUAUUGGGAGAACCCCGAUGGUGUUCUUGAAUAAAAUUGUUAAGGGGUCUCUUGCAAACAUAGCUGCCAAGCUUGAGAUCAUGGAGCCGUGCUGUAGUGUCAAGGACAGGAUAGGAUACAGCAUGAUUACUGAAGCUGAGAAGGAGGGUCUUAUAACACCAGGGAAGAGUAUUCUGGUGGAGCCUACAAGUGGAAACACAGGCAUUGGCCUCGCUUUUAUAGCAGCUUCAAAAGGGUAUAAGCUCAUCUUGACAAUGCCCGCUUCUAUGAGUCUGGAGAGAAGGGUUCUUAUGAAAGCUUUUGGGGCUGAGCUUGUUUUGACUGAUUCUGCUACGGGCAUGAAGGGAGCAGUUCAGAAAGCUGAAGAAAUUUUGAAUAGCACCCCAAAUGCAUACAUGCUUCAACAAUUUGAUAAUCCAGCAAAUCCAAAGAUUCACUAUGAGACAACUGGUCCUGAGAUCUGGGAAGAUACAAAAGGCAAGGUGGAUUUUUUUGUUGCAGGGAUUGGCACUGGUGGAACAAUUAGUGGGGUUGGUCGGUUCCUUAAAGAGAAAAACCCUGGCGUAAAGGUAAUUGGUGUAGAACCUCUAGAAAGCAACAUACUAUCUGGCGGGAAGCCUGGGCCUCACAAAAUUCAAGGAAUUGGAGCAGGUUUCAUACCAAGAAAUUUGGAUCAAGAUGUGGUUGAUGAAGUCAUACAGAUAUCUAGCGAUGAAGCUGUUGAAAAUGCAAAGCAGCUGGCACUCCAAGAGGGCUUGUUGGUUGGAAUUUCUUCUGGAGCAGCUGCAGCAGCUGCUCUCAAGGUUGGAAAGAGACCUGAGAAUGCAGGAAAGCUUAUCGCGAUAUGCUUUUUGUUUUCUUGGAUGAAUGGUGUUUACAAGGUGCCUGAUAGGAGUUCUAUGCGUACUUGAUAAAUUCGAAUUCCAAGAUGUACUUGAUAGGAGAAUGUCCCACUAAAUAUGCCGGACAUAGAUCUCAUACAUUAAGAGUGUUGAAUGUUGGACAAAGGAAGAGUGGAAAAAGGGUUUGACAGCUUGAGGAGCUCCCUGCUAUUAAGAGCUAUCUAUUAUCAAAGCCUAUUUUCGUUUUGUGAAUCUCAAGAGUCAGAAAUAUUACAAGGAAUUGUGUCAUUUCUCUUGCUAUGCUUGAUAGUGAGAUUUCUGUCAUUUAAUUCUCUUGCUAUGCUUGAUAGUGAGAUUUCUGUCAUUUAAUUCUCUUGCUAUGCUUGAUGGUGAGAUUUCUUAUUUAGGCUAUCAGUUGAUACUUCCUAGUUACAAACUUGUAAUUGCCUUGUCAUGACAUUAUUCGGAAACCAUUUGUGCAGUUAACUGGGCCGUGAAUAAUCACUGUCCUAAACUAGUUCCAAACUUCAUUUCCAAACACCUUUUCCUAUCACUGGUUCCUCAACUAUAACAAACACUGUGAAAUAUAGGAAUAUGCAGUUCGAAUUUUUGAGAUCUUCAAAUGUUUGCAGGUUGUUUUCCCGAGCUUCGGUGAACGAUACCUCUCAUCUGUUCUUUUCCAAUCGAUACGAGAAGAAUGCGAGAAAA